UUCCGUUCCGUGUGGCUAUGCAUCUCGGCUCAGGUUUCUCAGCUGCUGUUGGUCUUCUCUCUCUGGUCCUGGCAGUAUGGGACAGGCAUCUCGGUUCGACGUCAAAUUAAUGCUUGGUCACAAUGCUUGGCAAAUUCCUGGUAUCUAUCUGUUAUGUUACUCGGUCUGUAUCCUCGUCGCCGUAUAACAUCUUGACGACAAUUUAUCUCUCUCUCAAGUCCAGCUGCGGUACAAUUCAUCGAUUGUUCCGCUUCCUGACGUCGACAGAUUACAGAUUAUUGCAUUCCCGGGACCUCGAGCGCGGUCCCGUGCACCUUCGAGAUCAUGGCGAGAACCAUCUAAAAAUGCAAUUGUUACAAACCUGCCAUUGAAAACGAGGCUAACCAAUGGGUACCACUUGUGAACGGAAU